ACAAUCAUCACAUCUGGAAACAGUUCAUUCGUUAUAAACAGAGUCGAUAUCUUCCAUCAUUUUAAAGAAUUGCAAAAUUUAAACCUUAAUCUCCAACGAAGCAUGCAGAUCACUCCAGAAUUACUCGACUCGUCGCUGUUCGAAUCUUUACAAAGAGAAUUAUUCGAUGUACCCAACUUGAAUAGUUUAUCAGUCGAGUACGAAGAAUUCAAUCAUAAAAAUUAUUCGUGGAUGUUACCAGUAAAUUUGACCAGAUUAUUUCUAUCCAACGGAAUUUUUGAGUUCGAUCUUCGUAACUGUUCUCGUUUAGUUUCAUUGCGAUUAAAUCGAAACAAGUUGAGUAAAAUACCUUCGUUUCAUCAUCCUUUGCCUCCAUUGAAAGUGUUGCAUCUGAGGCUGAAUCCUUUGAACGAAUUUACGCUGAACGAUGUAGUAGGUUUCUUCGAAUUGGAAUACUACGCGAUGGACACAGCCAACAUUACGAACUGCGAAUGUAAAAAAUUAAAGCAGUGGAUAAUGAAAUCGCAGUCGUGGAGAAAUUUCACAUUUGAAGGAGAUUUAAAUUGCAACGACAGCAUCGAUAGGUACUCUAACUGUACCUUCGAUGAAAUGCUGGAAACUGAAGACAACACGAGCUCUUUAUACAUUUCAAAAGCAUUCGCAUUAACAGGUGGGUUCACCGUAGCAAUUGCUGCCGUAUGCUUCCUAGUAUGCUGUUGUUGCUUAUGUAUUAUGACUUGCGCUGCGAUUUCUAACUCAUUUGGACAACAAGGAUUCGGAUUUUCUCCGUUCUCGCCAUUUUCACCUUUUGGAAUGGGAGGAUUUGGAUACGGUAUGCCAGGAAUGGGGUACGGUAUGCCUGGAAUGGGAUACGGGAUGCCAGGAAUGGGAUACGGGAUGCCUGGGCCUGGAAUAGGAAUGGGUAUGCCUGGGCCUGGACCUGAACCUAGGUACAAUGAUCGUGGUGGCGAGAGAAUAGAAGAUAGAGAUCCCGGUUGGGGUGGUCGAGGCGGUGACGAUCGCUACACAGGUGAAUUUGAUGCUCCAGAUAAUGCAGAUAAUGAUGAAGUUUUCCAAGUAACAAGCUGCGAUGCGAGUGUGUUAUGAAGACGUAUUGAUUUUACCUUGAAAUUUAUUUAAUAUUGAAGGUUGGAGGAUAAGCGACAGAGUCGGAGAAUAUUUUUGUAGGAUGUUCAAGUUGAAACAGCACCUCCUUGUCACAAGUAUACCUAAGACAAAUUAGAGUGCAUACGGUAAAUUUUAGUUCGGCAAUUUUUACUUUCUGUUCGAUUGUAGGUAAUUGGUCGAGUCUGUAAGAAUUUGGAAUUUAGAUCUAUGCAGGCCGGAGGGGAAUUGUUGUUUCUCUGUUAGCGUUUAAGCGUUGUAAAAAUGUAAUCAUCAUUCUCAUUCAUGUGGUUUGUCUGUGCAAAUAAAGUUAUUAUCCCUAGGAUUA